GCUCGGCGGGGCGGUUGUUCCCUCAGCGAGAGCGGCGCGCGCUCGGGCCCCGCUCCCGCCGCUCCGCGGAACCGCCUCGGCCCGGCCCGGCGCGGGCGGGCUCCAGGGACUCUGUUUGGAAAAUGCCAAGCCGGAAGUUUGCUGAUGGUGAGGUGGUGAUGGGCCGUUGGCCGGGAAGCGUCCUGUACUAUGAAGUACAAGUGACCAGUUAUGAUGAUGUAGCUCAUCUUUAUACUGUCAAGUACAAAGAUGGAACUGAACUUGCACUGAAGGAAAGUGAUAUAAGGUCGCAGUCAUCGUUCAAGCACAGGAAGAGCCAGUCUUCUUCAAGUUCUCCCUCCAGAAGAAGUAGCAGCAGAUCUCGCUCUCGCUCUCGGUCUCCUGGCCGGCCAGCAAAGGGCAGGCGUCGUUCUGCUUCCCAAAGCAGGGAGCAAAAAGAUGACAAAAAGAAAACCAUUCAGGAGACCAGCUUAGCUCUACCGAAACCGAGUGAGAAUAACACCAAAAGGUACAAUGGUGAACCUGAAAGUACAGAAAAAAAUGCCACAUCUUGCAUUAUAUUGGAGGAAAAGUUAAAACCAGACCUGGAAAUCAAACGUGUGCUUGAGCAGUACAGCUUGCGUUCGAGGAAAGAUGAGAAGAAGAAAGAAGAGAUCUAUUCAGAGAAAAAGACUUUUGUGGCUGUAAAACCAAUUGAGAAAGUACCAACAAAAACAAAGGAGCUGGAGUUUGGGGGAAGAAUUGGGACCUUCAUGCUGGUACUUCUCAUGCCUGCUACUGUAUUCUACUUGCUGUUGGCAUGCAAACAAGAUGAUCCAAGUCUUCUGAACUUCCCUCCUCUGCCAGCACUGGAGAGUCUUUGGGAUGGGAGGGUGUUUGGUAUCUUUCUUCUGUGGUUUUUCCUUCAAGUUGCAUUUUACUUCUUGCCAAUUGGAAAGGUUGUAGAAGGCCUGCCUCUUUCCACUGGAAGGAAACUGCAGUACCGGAUAAAUGGGUUUUAUGCUUUUAUUUUGACUGCUGCAAUUAUUGGAGUUUUAUUAUACUUUCAAUUUGAGCUUCAUUAUUUGUACUAUCACCUCAUGCAGUUUGCAGUGUCAGCUGCAGCUUUUUCUUUGGCACUGAGCAUUUAUCUGUAUGUUCGAUCCCUGAAAGCACCUGAGGAAGAGCUAGCACCAGGUGGAAAUUCUGGGUAUUUUAUUUAUGAUUUUUUUACUGGACAUGAAUUAAACCCUCGUAUUGGCAGUUUUGACCUCAAAUACUUCUGUGAGUUGCGUCCAGGAUUAAUUGGCUGGGUUGUUAUAAACUUGGCAAUGCUCUUGGCUGAGAUGAAGAUAUACAAUCUCAGUGUGCCAUCCCUGUCCAUGAUUCUUGUGAACAGCUUCCAGCUUCUCUAUGUGGUGGAUGCUCUUUGGAAUGAGGAAGCUGUUUUGACUACAAUGGAUAUUACCCAUGAUGGAUUUGGAUUCAUGCUGGCAUUUGGAGAUCUGGUGUGGGUUCCAUUUGUCUACAGCCUGCAGGCCUUCUACUUAGUGGGUCAUCCCACCACAAUUACUUGGCCUGUUGCUGCUGGAAUUACUGUUCUGAACUGUAUUGGAUAUUACAUAUUCCGUAGUGCAAAUUCUCAGAAGAACAAUUUCCGGCGGAAUCCAGCAGAUCCCAAAUUGGCCAAUCUGAAAUUUAUACCCACUGCAACUGGAAAAGGGCUUCUUGUCACGGGUUGGUGGGGUUUUGUUCGUCACCCUAAUUACCUUGGUGACAUCAUCAUGGCUCUGGCAUGGUCCCUACCCUGUGGUUUUAAUCAUAUUUUACCCUAUUUCUACGUGAUCUAUUUCAUCUGCUUGCUUGUCCAUCGAGAGGCUCGUGAUGAACACCACUGCAAGCAGAAGUAUGGCUUGGCCUGGGAGCGGUAUUGCCAGCGCGUCCCGUACCGCAUAUUCCCCUACAUCUACUAGAGCACUCCAGGGGCCUGAUGGGCAAAUUAUUGCUACAGAUAGAUUCCUUGCAGAGAGAAAGAUACCUCUUACCUUUGCACUUGGUCAUUUGUUAUUUAGGUUUUUAAAGAAAACA